UUUGGCAUACGAUAUUGCAACUUCCCCCUCUCUAGCUCCCUCUCUAGUUUGCUGUCUUAAAUCCGGUUCCUUUCGAUUUCGUUUCCCGGAAGAAUUCCGUACUUUACAAAUCUGCACUUUACUCCUUUCGAUGCUUGCCUGUGUGCCAGAGGUGGCUUUCUAUUUUCGUGCGUGUGGUACUUCGUAUGAGCCGCCCUCCCUGAAGUUGGUGGUGGCAUUAGAAGGAGGAGGGGGUGUGCAUCGGAUUGCAAAGCUGCUGGGGAAUCUGUGCUGCGUACCUGUGUGGCGCUGCCUUGCGAAUCAUGACCGAAGGUGUUCCACCUCCACCUUUGAUCAAGCAGGAAAAGAUAUGCAUCAGUCCAUCUGUAAGUCCUGUCAUGACUGUACCAGCUCCUGUGCAAUCUCUCCCCAGCUCAGCAAUUCCGGCCUAUCCUUGCCCUUUGACUCCUAACCAUCCCAGCCCAGUAACUGUUGUACACCUCACUUGUGAGGAAGAACUUUGCAAGUUGCCAGGCCGGCUAAGAAUCCAGCCUUCACUGUGGAGCAAAGAUGAUGUGGCACACUGGUUGAGGUGGGCCGAGAAGGAAUAUUCCCUUUGUCGAACAGAAGAUAAGAAGUUUGAGAUGAAUGGAAGAGCUCUAUGCUUGCUUACCAAGGAAGAUUUUCGUUAUCGAUCUCCUAGUUCAGGGGAUGUUCUGUAUGAGUUGCUUCAGCAUGUAAAAAUGCAGAGAAGAGCCACAAUAUGCAAUUCAUUCCUGCAACACCCCGUGGGACAGGCACUGCACUCACCUGAGGUCCACAUCUCCAGCAAUCCUGAAGGUACGUAUGAGUUGCUGCCCUCAAGCCCAUUGUACAAAAGCUCACGUAACAGUCCUGCCAGCAUCCACUCUAAUGCUUCCUUGCCAGAUGCUGAAAUGAUGCAAAAAACUGGCAACGUGGAAGAGUCAAAAGAGGCAAACUCCAGGUCUCAAAUAGCCUCCUAUCCUACAUUUAUGUUUCCCUCUGAUAUAAGUAAAAUAGUACCUUCGUCUUCUGAGGCUAUGAAAGGCAACAACUUUGUUUCUCUAUAUAAAUCCUACCUCAUCGCAGCUGCCAGACAGAAUCACACAGAAAAUCUAAGCCAUCAUAAAGAAGAACCACUUAACCUGAGUCACAGACCAGAGGAGAGAUAUGUUGGUCAGGUCAUUCGCUCUUUUCCUGUGACACAGGAAGCUCCUGCCAAUGGAAAAUUAGCAGACUGCAGAUUACUGUGGGACUAUGUAUAUCAGCUCCUUUCUGACAAACGAUACGAACCUUACAUUAAGUGGGAAGAUAAAAACUCCAUGAUCUUCCGGGUGGUAGAUCCUAAUGGGCUAGCAAGACUGUGGGGAAACCACAAGAAUAGAGCAAACAUGACAUACGAGAAGAUGUCAAGGGCUUUAAGACAUUACUAUAAGCUGAACAUUAUCAAAAAAGAACCAGGACAAAAGCUACUAUUCAGAUUUCUGAAAACACCAGAAGAAAUAAUCCACAGCAGGACAGACAGACUGGAGCAGCUUGAAGCUCAAGAACAGGAUGCUUCUGAGUUCAAGGAUGAUGUGGUAGACGUAUCUCCAUGACAAGCAGGAAACACUGAAGUACCGUUACCUUCUGCAAUGGACUGACUACACAAAGUAAAAGACGUCUGCUGUGAAAGCAAGCAAGGCAUAAACGUGUUCCAAACUUGACUGUUCUGUGAACAAUCAGCUUGAGCUUCCAGUUUUCAGCCUUGACUGGGACCAUCAGAUUCUCUACUUAAGAGAUAUUCCAAGUAUUUCUGCAAAGGUGGAGCUACAUUUUAAGGAAAUUCCCAUUCCCAUGUUUGAAUGGGCCAGAGUAAUGUGAACAUGUACUUGGAUUUAAAUGUACUGAUCAUAUAGCCUGUCAAUAACAAAGGUGUCAUAAAGGCAUCUGGACAUGUACAAGAUUUGUAUAUAAGCGUACUUUCCAUUAGAACAGUGACAACAAACAUACAUGCAGUCUGUUUCAUGUAAGGAAGUAACAGUAAUCAACAGCUCUUCACAAAAAUGAUACAUUUCCUGGAAAAAAACAAUCACAUUCAGCAAUCUGUUUAUGAUUUAAUUAUUGAACUGAUAGCCUUAUUUAUUUAAAAAUGGACAUUAUUUGAUAUUGGUCACUUAAGGUCAGACAUCGUCAUGAAAGUCAUCAGUGUCACCGUGGAUGCACCCAUUUGCCAAAGAAUGUAUAAAAUGGACAUCACUCUGUAGUUAUCACCAUCAACAUACUCAUUAAAGAAUGGUGUGUGUGUGUGGGGUGUUGGAGGUAUUUAUUCUCAGCAGUCUCAGUCCUCCCUUCUUGACUGCUGACAUGUUCCUCAUCAAAUGACUAGCACCAUGGUUGAAUCACUUUUUCCACUAUUACAAGAUCAGAAGAUUCAGUCAGAGGUUGUCUGUGACCAGGAAGCACUGCAGUUUCAUUUGUUGAGAAGAGCUGGUUUCCUUAACCACCUUUCUCCUUGAUUGCAUUAUCUCUGCAGGAAACAUGAACAUGUCUCAUUGUUAUUAAUUUCAUGUAUGAUAUCUGACAGAUUGCUCACACUUUCUGUCUUCUUUGUCUUAAGUAUAUUGCUUACUUUCCAAAGCAUGUGUGCCUUACAAUUAAUUUCCUUUCCAGUUAAUAGUCCUCAUGCUAAAUUGCAAGUGAUUAUGAAAAACAUGAAGAUUGUAGUAUGCUUGAUUUUUUUUUUCCUCAUCCACAAAACUAUGUUAUGGUAGGUUUUGAACAGUCAUUUGCACAUACAUGCAAAGCAUUCUGAGCAAGCAAACAAAGACUGCUUAUUUAAAAGAGCAGCUUUUUCUUACAUUGUGGCUUCAUUACUGCAUCAUCACAUAGUGAUUUUCAAGGUAAGGUAUUACACCUAUUUGACAACUUGUCUUUCUGGGAAGCAAGAAAUUCUCUCUCUCUCUCUCUCUCUAUAUAUAUAUAUAUAUAUAUCAGUCUGUGCAUUAAUUUAGGUAGUAAGGAACUGUGGAAUUAAUGUUUUCUGAUGUCAUGGCUGGAGUAUUCAUUCAGCUCCAGAAAUAUUUUAGGGAGCCUACCUUAUCAACUAAGUAAAAUGCUGAAACCAGCACAUUUUUUUUUUCAAAAAAUGUAUAAUAUGGCAGUGUCUCUAAGAAAAGAGUAAAAUAAACAAAAUAAAUGCAUGCGUACAUCGAUAAUAUUUAGACAAGGGGCCAGAUUCCAAAAAACCUGCUGUUGGUAUAAGUGAGUUACUAUGGUGUAAGACGUAUCAAUAAAGCAGACUUAUACCAGAGUAAAUCACUUACACUGAGAGAUCCAAGGUUUCUCUCAUUCUGUGUCAUUAAGAAAAACGUGGUAGACAUGAUACAUGGAAUCUUGCCAGACUGCUUUAUGAUUUUGGCAAAAUUUAUUUUUUAUGACCCUGCUACAUUUUAUAUUCUUAUAAUACAGAUGACCGCAUUAUGUA